AUGGAGUCUAUUUGCACUGAGCAUCAACCAAAGCACUUCUUUAUGGGGGCUGUCCAUUACCCGUUCUGGGAGCAAGGGGAACCGUGGGAGGGAUAUACUAUUGAGCCACGCCAACCCGAAUCUUCCAAUCCUUUUGAAGACGCAUCUCCUGGAUCUCCCUUCGAUGGCGCCAUGGCCUGGGCCGAUACCUGUGAGCAGCUGUGCUACAUGCGAGGCUCCGUGUCGCCCACGACUCCCUCGCCUCCUGUGACAGCAACCGAGUUGUUCAACCCGAAAACAACUGAAACGAUUCAGACUCAACCACCAGAGACCCCAACCGUGGCUAUAAACCCAAGCACAAGCACAAAGAGGAAGCGAAGAGAGCCUCGAAGCAUUGCAAAAUCAGCCCAUGCUGGCGACUCAAGACCGAAGCGGCGUUGUCUCUCCCGCUCAACGUCCUUCUCCACGUCCAACGUCGACCCCCCUUCCCAGGGUAAGGAAGACAAGGCUAAGGAUAAAGAGGAAAUCUACAUAGAGCGCAGCCGUGUUGCAUCCAACAAGUUUCGAGAACGCAGGCGCAACGAAAUCGCCCAGCUUGAGUCAGAGGAAUACACUAUAGAAGACGCAAACCGUCAGCUGCGCAGCAUUCUUGACGCACUGACGAGCGAGAUCCUCUCCCUCAAGAUGCAGCUGCUUCAGCAUACAAACUGCAAUUGCAAACUGAUUCAAGCCUACAUUAAUAAGGAAGCACAUCACUUUGUCAAGAGUAUACAGGGAGUUGCCAAGGGGUAG